GGGGUGAGGGGAUCUGGUGUUUUGAUUGCUCGCUUCCCCGUUUUUACCUUAUUUUCGGGGAGUUUUAAACAUUGAGGUCGGCGGAGGAUCGGGGGCACGGAUGCGGGGAGAGGAGUCGUCGGAUUCGGAGAGCGGCAGGAUGGAGGAGAGCUCGGCGCGGCACAGUUUGGAAGCCCUCUGUCAGGAGUUAAACCUGGACGAACAGACGGCGACCGAGGCCAUGGAAAACUUCACUGCCAUCUGCAACACGUACACUCUGGAGGGGGAGGUGGUGCACUGGUUGGCUUGUGCUCUGUAUGCUGCCUGUAGGAAAAACUCUAUUCCCACUGUGGGCAAAGGUCUGAUGGAGGGGAACUGUGUGUCUCUGACCAGGAUCCUGCGCUCGUCCAAACUCAGCCUGAUCCAGUUCUUCUCAAAGAUGAAGAAGUGGGCAGACAUGUCGAACCUGUCGCAAGACUUCAGGCUGAGGAUGGACCGUCUAGAGAGGAAUUUUGAGGUCUCCACGGUGAUCUUCAGGAAGUUUGAGCCCAUUUUCAUGGACAUGUUUCAGAACCCCCAGGGCGCCGAGCCUCCACGGCAACCACGCAGCCGCAAACACAGACGGCUGCCCUGUCACAUUAGCGAUGUGUUCAAGUUCUGUUGGACAUUGUUUGUCUACACCAAAGGUAAUUUCCGUAUGAUUGGUGACGACCUGGUGAAUUCCUAUCACCUUCUGCUCUGCUGUUUGGACCUCGUCUUUGGCAACGCUCUGCUCUGUUCAAACAGGAAGGAUCUCAUCAACCCCACAUUCAAGGGUCUACCUCCUCAGUACAAACUGGACGGGCCUGUGCCGGAUGACCCUCCUCCCUGUGCUCUGGACAGACUGUGUGAGCUCCAUGAUGGGCUGGUGGUGGAGGCCAAAGGCAUCAAACAGCACUACUUUAAACCAUACAUCCAGAAGCUCUUCGAUAAAGGGAUCCUAAGGGGAAACGAGGACUAUCUGACUGAUAUGUUGGACCCUCACAACUUCAUUGAUAACAAUAAAGCCAUAAACCGGGAGUAUGAGGAGUACGUCCUGACCGUGGGAGACUUUGAUGAGCGAGUGUUUCUUGUAGCAGAUGCUGAUGAGGAAAUCGGGACGCCCAGAAAAGCAGUUCAUGAACAUGUCCACAUGGUGGCGCACAGCCAACUUCAACAACAUGUUGAGAAGUCUGGCUCUCUAGCGCCCUCUACACCUCUGACAGGACGAGUUUACCUAAAGGAGAAGGACCUCCUGGUUACGCCGGUGUCGUCUGCCACUCAGAGCGUCAGCCGGCUGCAGAGUAUGGUGGCCCGAUUGAGGACAGCGCCCAGCGAAAACCUCCUGCAGAUAUUCAAAUCCUGCACCCGAGAUCCCACUGAUGCCAUUUUGGGUCGAAUCAAAACUUUGGGACAAACUUUUAAAGAGCAUUACACCAAUGAUUCAGAGGACUCUCCUGGAUCACAUAUAGACUUUGCAGAGAAUCGACUGAAGUUGGCUGAAAUCCUGUACUACAAGAUCCUGGAAAACGUCAUGGUUCAAGAGACCAAGCGCCUGCAGGGGAAAGACAUGAGUGUGCUGCUGGAGCAGGACAUGUUCCACUGCUCUCUGAUGGCCUGCUGUCUAGAGGUGGUGCUCUUCUCCUACAGUUCACAGAGGACCUUCCCCUGGAUCAUCAACGUCUUCAAACUGCCACCAUUCUACUUCUUCAAGGUCAUUGAGGUGUUCAUCCGGGCAGAGGAGGGUCUGUCCCGGGACAUGGUGAAGCAUCUGAACUCCAUCGAGGAGCAGGUCCUCGAGAGCCGAGCUUGGACCUCAGACUCUGCCCUGUGGACCGCUCUGCAGGCCGUGGGCCACAAGGUGCCCACUGUCGAAGAGGUGAAUUUCUCCUCCAGCCUGGACACUGGCUCCAACUCCACAGGAGGGACCAGUGCCUCAAACCCAGCCCAACCCCAGUCUCACCUGCCCAUGGUCACCCUGUCCCCCAUCGUCCACCCACGCAUCAGAGAGUUCAGAACCACCAUCGGCAGCGCCGUCAAAACUAUCCCUGCCUCCCCUCUGACGGUCCACGACAGAUAUAGCUCCCCUGCAGCAGGAAGUGCCAAGCGCCGUCUUUUUGGUGAUGACCCUCCAUCAUCGGGGGCAACAACCAAUGGGAGCGUAAUGCCAUCCCCUGCAAAGAGACUUACCUUUGGGUCCACCAGUACGCUGAAGAUCACCCCUCAGCCCCCCACACCUGGCACCAUGGUACUGCAAGGAGUGAAUACAGACCGGACUAUCACGCUGAUCCCAGUGCAACAGGUCAACCCCUCAAACGCUGUCACCGCUCACUUCCUGCUCACCACGUCCCCAAGUCGAGUCAACAUGCCUCCCGCGACCUCUGAACCCCAGGCAGGGAAGCCACGGCGCACAGGCUCACUGGCUCUGUUCUUUAGGAAGGUGUACCACUUGGCGAGCGUGCGUCUGCGUGACCUGUGCCUGAAGCUGGACGUGAGCUCAGAGCUGAGGGGGAAAGUCUGGACCUGUUUUGAACAUGCUCUGGUCCACUGCACCGAGCUCAUGAAGGACCGGCAUCUGGAUCAGCUGCUCCUCUGCAGCAUCUACAUCAUCUCCAAGGUGACCAAAGAGGCAAAUACCUUCCAGGACAUUAUGAAGUGUUACCGAAGCCAACCACAGGCCAACAGUCAUGUGUACCGGAGCGUGCUGAUUCGUCACACUACCAGAGAUCAGGUGCCAGAUGAAAACAUGGAGGUGGACCCAGCCUCUGGAGGAGAAUCUGCAGAGAAGAGCAGUCAGAGCUCGGAGACUGACCAAUCAGGAGAGGAGGAGCGUGGUGACCUCAUCCAGUUUUACAACUCUGUGUUUGUGCUGAAGAUGAAGAGCUUUGCUCUCAGAUAUGCCAGUCAUGACAAUAGGUCGGAUGCCCCGCCCUUGUCCCCGUUCCCUUCAGUGCGAGCUCAGCCUCUCUCUCCUCGGAGGAUUUCUCAAAGACAUUCUCUGUAUGUGUCUCCUCAUAAGAACUCCCCCAGCUGUCUGUCCCCCAACUCCUACACCUAUCGUAUCAACAACAGCCCCUCCAAGGAACUGUCGGACAUAAACCGUAUGAUCCGUCAGGGCUGUGUGAGCCGUAAGAGAGCCUUCAACAUCGAUGGCGACGUGACGAUGUCAUCAUCGUGCGACUCUCCCAGCAAGAGGGCAUGUCCUGAGAACGGCAGCAGUCCUGAUGUUCUGCUCAAGAGACUACAGGACGUGGUGUCAGAGAGGCAGAGUCACUGAUCCCCCUGUACUUAUGUGUGAUAAGUAUGAGGUGUGGAUAUAACUAACAUAAUCAAGUGUUAUUUAUUGUGUUUCUAUUAUGGGCUAAGGGACAUGUGACUAUGUGAAUCAAUGGUAAUAAUGCCACGUUGCCCUUUUUUCUUAUACUUUUUUUUUUUUUUUUUUUAACUAAUCUACCAAAGCUAAAAAGCAAAAACUACAUAAUACAAAGAUGUGAAUUUGUAAGUCAAAAAUAAAGUCAUGUCAAGUUAUGUAGCAAAGACUAGGCUACCAUCUUCCAACACAAAAUAUAUUCAGUUUUGUCAAAUGAUGCAAUGUAUCAAAAACUUGAUGUAAAAUUCAAAGCUCACCAAACAGUAUUAGGCAAUGUAGAGUUGUAUUCACUGCUUUUGACAAUUUGAGAUUGAACUAAAAUUACAAACUUUUUUUUUUUUUAACUUUAUGUCUACGGUACUUUUAUUACAUUGGCUAUAUUCACACCAGCUACUGUUAUUACACCAAAUCUGAACCACUAAAUGUAAGCACAGUAUUAACAGCAAUAACAUUUUACUGUUGCUUUUACCUUUUUAUACCAGAAUAGACUUAUAGUUUGAGACUGGAGUAUUUUGUUCCUUCUAAAACCUGUAAAUAUCUUUAAGAAAUUAAUAAAUCAAGUUUUAAUAAUCUCCUUUAGUUCUUAGUGCUGCAGGACAAUGUGCGUUUUAAUAUUUGUACUUUCUUGUUUUGAGCUCUUGAAAUAUAAUUGUAUCUGAAAAUGCUGAUCAAUGGCAUAUUUGUGUGUAACUGUGUAGCAUCUACACAACCUUUUACUACUGUUUUACUAAUCCGAGUCCACUGUUGGAAAUGUGACUCUUGAGUUUCAACUAGGUGUAAAUUAAAGUGUUUAUUUUUUCACUAUAAACAGCAAUAAUGAUGAAACUCUGUACAUUCAUGUUCAACAAAGCACAGCUGUAUUUUCUGUAAGACAAGUUUUGCAAUAAAUUUCCUUUAUAAAUGU